AUGAGGAACGCAUCUAUUCCCUUUGCGGCACGGCAACACUUUCUUGAACAUGGAUAUGCCAUUCUCCCUGCGGUGCUUCCAACUCCAAUUGUUGAGCGGCUUAAAGAUGCGUUGAUUUCCGCUACUGUGGCCCGUUCUCGCUGCCUUAUUGAUGUGCCAGAUAUUGAAUCCAUGUUAAAGUGCAAAGCAAAACUCUCUGAUCCACUGUACGCCAAAGUUGUAACUCGACUACAACGACGAAAGUAUUUACUUCGUUUAUAUCGUGCUGAGAAACGACGUAGAAAGCAAUUAUCAGAGAUAGCUGCAAAGUUUUUAAAUGGACGAAAGAAGGAAGAUCUCACUGGAGAGGAGUUGUGGAAGUUAAGUGAAAUAUUGACAACUGAAGUUUCAAAAAUGUCUGGAAAAGGAUGUCAAUCUACAAUUCAAAAUGAUCCUCAAAUGCUUAGGGCCAUAAAUGAAUAUCGUUGUAAUGUAUGGAUGACAAAUAAAGAAAUACAAACUUUAGUGCGUGACUCUUCUUUUUGGAAACCAAUCGGUUCCAUUGCAACAAAUGUGGGUGGUGUGGAACGGCCUGUUUUAUUUAGUGAUGCUCCCAUGUUUCGUGAACCGUACGGGAGUCCUUUUGGAUAUCACUGUACUGCCCCUACUUUUGGGGUUAAAACAAAUAGUCGUCAGGUGCAUGCAGUAACUCUCCUUCUCUUUACACAUUCUCCUAAUGAUUAUCAGAUGCCAUUAUAUAUAUUAAAGAAUUCCCACCGUUUUGUACGGGAACAAUAUAUUACACGUGUUCCUCCUGUAGAUUUGUCUAUGCCAUUUCUUCCCAUGGAAUCUCACAUUCCUGAACAGCUAAAACGUUUUAACUUUGAUAGUAGCGUUGUCGGUUCCCUUGUUGAAGGAGCAGAGAAUAUCACUCCUGGAACUAUUAUUGCCGUCGAUCCACAUCUUAUGAUUGGGAUGGGGCCAAACGCCUCAACAGAACGUGUUGUGGUGUAUAAACUCAAUAUGGUUGCUGAGGAUGCACCACCAUUUAUGAAAUCACCAUCAUGGGUAACCGGCUGGCGAUCACUUCCUCGGGAAGUGAAUUUUGCAUCACCGAUAGUAUUUCCACCGUUCUUCAGCGAAGAAACAAAUUCCACAGACGCACUCUAA